UGACCGAAGAAAGAAGGCCCCGCAUCUCCAUCUAUUAGACAAGUCUACGACUUAUAUAUGGCAUAUUGAUUUGAAGAAAUUAUCAACAGCGGUUGCCUAAUUAUACCGACUGCUAUUCUCCCCGUCACCGCUCUCAUGAUAUCGAUGAUGAACAAUAUCCUCACUGUCUUCCUCCUCCUCGGAUUUCAACCUGGGAUUUCCGAAAUUAUUAGCAGCAGGUGCCAACCAUCGUCGUGCGGGAACAUCCCAAACAUAAGCUACCCCUUCCGAUUGGAAGGCGAUCCUCCCCACUGCGGUGACCCCUUCUACGAGCUCACCUGCGACCGCCUUCACAACCGCACGCUCUUGCAUUUGAGGACAAGAUUUAGUGAAUUUAACGUUGGGGAAUUCUACGUACAGGAAAUCAAUUACAGCAGCUACUCCAUUCGGGUGGUGGAUCCCGGCGUCCUCAUCCCUACUACUAAUACUAGCAUUAAUACUACCCCCACCUCCAACUGCUCCUCCUCUUCUUUCAUUUUUUUGCCCCUUCAGACUCUGCCCAUCCGUAGCCUCGCAUACUAUGACACAUAUCGCACUGUAUACACUUUGAGUUCAGGCCCUCCUGCCGGCUACCAUAUGCAAGAAAAGCAGUACGAAGUUGUGACAAUGAUGGAGUGUGAAGCUCCGCCCGUAACUAAUUCUACAAUUUACAAGUCCGCUGCAAUUGAUGGUGCGCAUGCUCCCCUCUGCAAUACUAAUAAUGGCGGCCGCGGUUCUUCCUCGCGAGCACAGUACUCUUAUGCCGUGUUUGGAGACUUCAGACUGGCGGAUCUGGACCCCUCUUGCACUAUAGGAGUUCAGACAGUGGUUGCCUCUUACGGCCGAUCCAUCGACUCCACCUCCUUCUCCGGCAUCCACGCCGCCAUGGCUUAUGGCUUUCACCUCUUCUGGUUCUCCAUUUACUGCGACGAUUGUCUGCAGGGAGGAAGCGGCUCUUGCUACCUGACCACCACGAGUGGCCUCGCCUGCGAACCGUACCGGCCCCCAAAUUUUCUCUCGUGUCUUCAAUUUUAUUUCCAGACACACUUUCCAGCAAUCUUACAGUGGAUUGCCGGUACCAGAGGCCCUCCAUAUGAGAUCCCAAACAGUCACUUAAGAAGUCCAUGGUCAGACACUGACUAUUAUGUCCCGUAUGGCGUUAUCCUAAUGGGAGCUUGGAUAUUUCGAUUGUUAGGAGCACAAUUUGCAUUAAGGAUUUUUGUUGGGAUUCCAUGUAUGCUUGCAUUUUUUAUCUACAUGAUUCGGAGGAGGCAUCUAUCAAUGUACGACAAUGUUGAAGAGUUCCUACGAGCUCAACAUAAUUUCUUGCCAAUUAGGUACUCCUACUCAGAAAUCAAGAAGAUGACCAACAAAUUCAAGGAUGAACUAGGAGAGGGCGGCUUUGGUUCUGUAUAUAAAGGAAUGCUUCGUAGUGGUCAUGAUGUAGCAAUAAAGAUGUUGAGCAAGUCCGAAGCCAACGGGCAAGAUUUCAUUAAUGAAGUUGCUACCAUUGGAAGAAUUCAUCAUGUCAAUGUGGUGCACCUCAUUGGAUUUUGUGUGGAGGGAUCCAAACGUGCUCUUGUGUAUGACUUCAUGGCAAAUGGAUCUCUUGAAAAGCACAUUUUUCCUCAAGGAGACAACAUCUCCAUUAGUUACGAAAAAAUGUAUGAGAUAUCUUUAGGAGUGGCUCGUGGGAUUGAAUAUCUACAUCGAGGAUGUGACAUGCAAAUUUUGCAUUUUGAUAUUAAGCCUCAUAACAUUCUUCUUGACGAAAAUCUGAUUCCGAAAGUUUCUGACUUUGGGCUCGCCAAACUAUACGCAACAAAUGAUAGUAUUGUGUCUAUUACUGCAGCGAGAGGAACAAUGGGGUACAUGGCCCCAGAAUUGUUUUACAAGAACAUUGGAGGUGUGUCCUAUAAGGCUGAUGUUUACAGUUAUGGAAUGUUGUUGAUGGAAAUGGCGGGUAGAAGAAAGAAUUUGAAUGCAUUUGCAGAUCAUGCAAGCCAAAUUUAUUUUCCCUCAUGGGUGUACAAUCAAUUGAAUGAUGGAAAGGACAUAGGACUAGCUAGUGCCACGGAGAAGGAAAGAAAAUUAAUAAACAAGAUGAUAAUUGUGGCGCUGUGGUGUAUACAAAUGAAGCCGAAUGAUCGUCCUCCAAUGCACAAAGUUGUGGAGAUGCUCGAAGGAACAGUUGAAGCUUUGCAAAUGCCUCCCAAGCCUUUUGCGUCUCUGCCAUAGAUCCCAUUCGAGGUUCAUGAAAUUAUAGCAUAGACCCAUCCGGGCUCCUGUCCACCCGUUGUAGUUCGUGUAGAUUCUGUGUCUUCAUAUGAGUGAAAAUUAUGUAAUUGUAAACGAAGGAAUGUAAUACUGAAGAAUAUGGUCACUAAUUGUAAACCGUGAACAUAAUACUUUUUAGUGCUUUUUAAGUAUUCAGUUGGAUUCAGCUGUUAUCUGCAAUUGUAAUAAUUCAUUCCUCCCUUUAGAAUCAA